CAGACCUAAAUAGAAAUGGCACCUCCAAGGGGCAGUGCAGCAGCAGCUGCAAGCUUGCGUAGGAGGGCUGGCGGGGGUGGGACAACAGCAGGGGCGAGUGUCAACACCAUGCUCCAGUUCUACACGGAUGACACUGCGGGCCGCAAGAUGACACCCAACACCGUCCUCAUCAUGAGCAUCGGGUUCAUAGCAUUUGUCGCCAUUCUCCAUGUCUUUGGUAAGCUCAACUUUGUUCCGAGAUCUUAGGUGGGUCUCAACAUCAAAAUUCAUUGUAGGCGUAGUGACUUUCUCAUUUUGAGUAUGUGAGGAACUCUGAUUUUGUGUUAUGCUUAGUCUGAAAUCAUUUGUUAGCUUGAACUUUCACCAGAAAGAACAAAGAAACACAGAUUAUAAUCUAGUGAGUUUUGUUAAUUCUUAUUACCUUUAAAAAAAAAAAAACUGUGGUGGGAACAAGUCAGUAGCAGUUCUGUUGAAAGAAUGGCGAUGGCACCUUAAAGUUUCCUGGUGGGCUACCUGCAUACCAAAAUUGGAUGGUUAAAAAGUUAGCAAACUGUCCACGUUCAUCGCUACAGGAUUGACCCACCUGAUUCAUGGACUGGCCUGAUUUUGGGUACAAUAGCUCAUGUACCCAAGUGGAGCCUGUCUAAUAAAUGGCCCGAAUUCAUUUUAGGCCUAUCACAUUGGAGUAUGUGACCUGCGGUAUCCAGGUGUGUGAAUCUGCAUGUUUCAUCAACAAAUUACAAAGAUCAGGAUCCCCCUUGUGGCUAGGUGCAACGGCCAACGGGACAAAUCUAAACUGGGAAUCCCUGAUGGUUGAAACCAUCAGAUCUCAUCCCCCCUCCCAAGAGGAAAGCUGUUCUGGAGAGGGAUUCAUGGAAGUUCCUCAAGUUGCAAACCCUUCUCUUACCUGUGGAUGAUGUCCGAAAAUUAUGGUGAUUGAAUGAUUCUGUCCAUUGGGUGAUUACCAGUUUGGCCGCCAACUAUGGGGAUUUGUUCAUUUUUAGCUCAGUUGUGGAACACGUUUGCUUGAUUGUCUACAUGACCGUCUCAUUGAAACCUUUGGUUUUGAUCCCAAUACACAGAGAAAUGGAUGGUUGGUGAUGCAUGGGAAUCGGAAUGACAGAAAGUGGUUAGAUACAGCCGCCUACCAUAAGUGGGACCCUCCUUCUGAAUGUUCCAGAUGGUGGAUCAUUGUCCCAUUUCCAAAUUUUAGAAGGUGUCAGACUGUCAACUGAUUAGGCUCUGCAUUCUCACCCACCUGAAUGAGGUGAACAGGCUGAUUUUUGGGCCAGGUCAAGCAGACCCUCAGGCCCCUCCUGAUGCAUGGCUUAGGUCACAUGACAAUUGACAACCCACAUGGAUUUUGAAGAUGGUCUUGGUUUUUGCAGGUGCUGCGAGAAGCGGAGGAAAGAGGCUUCUAGACUUCAGACUGUUAACAGGAAACUGACAGCUAUGAACAAGCUGUUGAUGGAGGUAAAUGAUCACCUGCAGAAACAGGUCUCACAGCUGGUUUAUGAGAACGGGUACAUGCGGCAGCAACUGCAAAAUGCUUCUGUAGCCACUACAGACACAAGUUGCGAGUCUGUGGUUACCACUCCUACAAAGGGUUCUGCUAAGAUGACAGAGCCUUCUAAGGUUAUUCAUGUCUGAAACAUUGGCCAUGAAAUAUCUGAGGUAUUUCAAACCAUCUCUUUUUAUUUUGAGCAUCGAAACUCUAAUUGCAAUUUGUCUUCAUAGUUGUUGCCUUUGCACCUGUUUCUGUUUUUCAGAGUGAUCUGCUUCAGCUAGUGCAUCCUUUUGGAGUUGUCACUAAGCUUGUAUGUUACGUGCCAAAAAUCAGGUUUUCUUUCUGGGGUCCUGGUUGUUUGGAACUCUAUAGUUAUUACAUGCAUGCUUAUGCUCCUAGACUGCCUGCAUUUAGUUGUUUGAUCUAUAUCUGCCAACCUGUCAGGCUCUUCUCCAGAUGCAAGACAUGGCUUCUGCCGUCAAUGCAACCGGUUUUAGGUACUCAGUCCCCACUGGACCUAAAUGUACUGGGUUUUUAUGUAGGUGUUUCAUUUGUAUGUUGCUUGAGCCAUUCUAGGUAACUAGUCCUAAAUGGACCAUAAAAAAUAGAUGGAAGAUUUUUCAAUCCAAAUUUCAGGCUGGAGAUAUUUGUUGAACUGCCUAAUGCAAGUGCUGAGGUCCUGGCCUCUGUUUGAACAGGUACGAUCAUGGGAGCAGCAGCCUCAACUGUCUAUUACAAUCUUAAGCCAAGGCAUCCAACUCUAGAUAGGCCCGUCAUAGACUAUGACUUGGCAUUGCUUUUCCGACCAAUUCUUAUGCUUGGAAUCAGUGUUGGAGUCACUUUCAAUG